AUGACGGACGCUUCCAAGUAUAAGAAGCUCUCCCCGAUUGACCAUGUCCUCCUUCGGCCGGAGAUGUACGUGGGCAGCAUCGAGACUCAGCCCACGCCCAUGUACAUCUUCGACCCGGAGAAAGGCAAGAUGGUGUGGGAGACGAUGCGGGUGAACCAGGGUCUCUUGAAGAUCGUGGACGAAAUUUUGCUCAACGCGGCGGAUAACAUCAACAACAGCAAAGGAUCAGUACGGCAGACGUACAUCAGCAUCAGCAUCUCCGACACAGGCGAGAUCACGGUCGAGAACGACGGCGCCGGCCUCCCCAUUGUGCGCAGUAGAGAGCACAAGAUAUACAUACCAGAAAUGGUGUUUGGACACCUGCUGACCAGCUCCAACUACAACAAUGACUCAACCUCGACAACAGCGGGUCGGCACGGCUACGGCGCUAAGCUGACCAACAUUCUUUCCACGAAGUUCUCUGUCAUCUGCCGCACCGCCGGCCGCGAGUUCCACAUGAGCUGGACGGACCACAUGCGGAUGGCGACGGCGCCGCGCGUGAGCCGGGUCGAUCCGAAGGAGAAGAAUGUGACGCGUGUGAAGUUUAUGCCCGACUAUGCGCAUUUUGGCUUCCCAAACGCGUCCAUCUCUCUCGACAUGAAGCGGGUGCUGCACAAGCGCAUCAUGGACCUCGCCGCGAUGUUCUCCAAGAUCGAAGUGCGGCUCAACAACGUGCCCUUUGGGUUCGAGACGUUUACCGACUACGCGCGGCUCUACUCGCUACCCGGCCCGAACGGGUCGACACCGCCUGAGCCGUUUGUCCACACGAGUCCCAACGGCAGUGUCGCGUAUGUGCCCCAGCUGACGCAGAGCCCCAAGCGCAUUGUUGGCGUCGUGAACGGCGUCGUCACCUACAAUGGCGGCACGCACUGCAACGCCGCCAUCGACAUCCUUGACUCCUGCCUCGACUCGCUGAGCCGGAAUUUUAAGAAGGAGGGCAAGGUGGUGGACACGAACCGGGUGCAGCGACACUUUACCGUGCUCGUCUUCCUCAUUCAGGCGCAGCCAAAGUUCGACUCGCAGAGCAAGGCGCGGCUCGUGUCGACAGUGACAAUGCCGCGCGUGCCAAAGAACACGCUGGAGAAGUACCUCGAGACAAUGCCAUUCCUGGAGGCACACGUGAACAGCAUGGACGACCAGCUCGCGAACGAACUAAACAAGGAGAUCGGCGCCGGCCGGCGGCUGAGCAGCAAGACCCUCAUAUCCUCCAUCACAAAGCUCGUCGAUGCCACCUCGUCUCGACCAGACGGCCGAAACAUCCGCACACUCAUCAUUACAGAGGGCGAUUCUGCCAAGGCGCUCGCCCUCAACUCGCUCUCAAGCGACCAGAAGAAGUACUGCGGUGUGUUCCCGCUGCGCGGAAAACUGCUGAACGUGCGUAACAAGAACCUGAAGCGACUCAAGAUGUGCAAGGAACUGCAGGACCUCUUCCUUGCGCUAGGGCUGGAGCUGGGCAAGGAGUACCGAACGCCGGAUGAACUGCGCUAUCAGCGACUGCUCGUCAUGACUGAUCAGGACGCGGAUGGUUCGCACAUUAAGGGUCUCGUCAUCAACGCCUUCGAGUCGCUGUGGCCGACGCUGCUGCAGAACAAUCCCGGCUACAUCUCCCUCUUCUCGACCCCCAUUGUGAAGAUCAAAGUGAGCGGCAAGUCGAAGGAGGUGAUCGCUUUUCACAGCUUGCGUGAUUUCCACCGUUGGCAGCGGGCCCACCCGACGGCGCGCUACACGGCCAAAUACUACAAAGGCCUCGGGACGUCGACCACGGCAGAGGGGAAGGAGUACUUCGCCGACAUGGAAAAGAACAUCAUGCGACUCACUGUCGACGCGAAGGACCACCAGCUGCUCGAUAGCGUCUUCGACGCAGCUGAGGUGGAAUGGCGUAAGGAGUGGAUGACGAAGGCAAACGCCUUCCAGGGCGAGAUCGACAUCGACCGCAGCAAAAAGUCACUGACGAUUCCGGAGUUUGUCCACAAGGAGAUGGUGCACUUCGCACUCGUCGGCAACGCCCGCGCCAUUCCACACUGCGUCGACGGACUGAAGCCGUCGCAGCGGAAGAUCUUGUGGGCAAUGCUGCGGCGCCACAGCUCCGAGGCGUCAAAGGUGGCGCAACUGUCGGGCUACAUCUCAGAGGCGUCGGCGUUUCACCACGGCGAGGUCUCGCUGCAGGAGACGAUCGUGAAGAUGGCACAGAACUUCACUGGCGGCAACAACAUCAACCUGCUCGUGCCGGAGGGUCAGUUCGGAUCUCGACAGCAACUCGGUAACGACCACGCCGCCCCGCGCUACAUCUUUACGAAGCUCAGCCGCUUUGCCCGCCUGCUGUUCCCCGAGGAGGACGACCCACUACUGGACUACAUGGACGAGGAGGGAACGCCCGUGGAGCCUCACCACUACGUCCCCAUCCUGCCGAUGCUGCUCUGCAAUGGCGCCGUCGGUAUCGGCUUUGGCUUUGCCACGACAAUCCCGCCAUUCCACCCUCUCGACGUCUCAGCGGCGGUGCGAGCCAUGAUCAACGGCGAGUCGGCCAAGCAGGUAGUGCGCAACCUUGUGCCGUGGGCGGUGGGCUUCCAGGGGACGGUGCGGCGCGGCCCCGACGAUGAGUUCAUCGCGGUGGGCAAAUACACCGCCCACCCAAAUGGCCGCUUCCACAUAUCCGAAAUUCCGUGGAUGACGAGCAUCGAGGCGUUCCGCCUGCACAUCUCGUCCCUCGCCAACACGGAUGUUGUGCAACGCAUCGCCGACUACUCAGGCGCCAACCACAUCGACAUCGACCUCAUCGUGCGCGACGGCGCUCUGACAACAUGGGCGGAGUGCGAGGCGGAUCUGGCACUGGCGCAACGUGUCCACAUCAACGGCACCGUCUUCUCGCCCACCGGUACGCUUAGCCCGAUCGACUCAAACCUCGCACCGGUGCUGCAGUGGCACUACGACCGCCGCCUCGACCUGUACAAGCGCCGCCGCACUCGCAAGAUUGGGCUGAUGGAGAUGGACCUCGCCCGUCUGAAGUCCACGCGGAAGUUUGUGGAGCACUUCCGGCAAGGCCAGAUAGACUUCCUCAAUGCAACAGACGACACGCUCACCAAGACGUGUGUGAAGCUCGGCCUCGUGCGCGUAGAUGAGAGCUUCGAUUACAUUUUGAAGAAGCCCAUUACCUUCUUCACCCGCACAAGCACCGAGAAGCUCCAGGAGGACAUUGCCAAGACGCAGGCGCAGAUUGAGGAACUGAAGAGGACAACACCGGUGAGGAUGUGGCUGACGGAGCUCGACAAGUUCGACAAGACCUUCCAGGAGUAUGAACGUGUGCUCGUCAACUCGAUUCAGAAGGAGCAGCGGUCGUCCAGCAUCACAGGCGGGGUGGAGCUGCCGUCGCUUCGGCAGCCGCUGCUGAUGCUCGAGGAGUCCGCGAAGGGUGCGACGACGUACCGCGUGCACGCCUGCCAGCACGAGACACCGCCGCCGAGCAAGCGCCGUCCUGGCGAGUUCUUCGGUGGCGCUAAGUCCUCGGACAACGCCGCUCGCGGUGUGGGAAAGCGGCUGAUGGGCUCACGCGCAGCACUCAAAGCCAAAAAGCUGGCCGGUAAUAAGCGCCGCACCAAGAUGAGCCUCACGACACGGGCAGCGCAGCUUGUCGGCGCGCAACUUGGGCGUCUGCUCCCGAGACUGCCCCACUUUUUGCUCUAA